ACUGAACCCAGCUGAGAGAAAGAAAAUUAAGAAGAUGCUAAAAGAUAACCUCUUCAUCAACAGUUAACCACACUUUUUAAAAACCCAAAGUUUACAUUAUAUAUCUUAUUAUUUAUUGUUGUGAUCGAAUAAUACAAUUAGUUGAAAAUGUUUUGCAAAGAAAUGUUGGUUUCUAGUAGAAAAAUAUUCAGCCACAGAAAUAUAAUCCAUUCCGUCAGGCUUUCAUUCAGUAAAAAUAUUUCUUUGGCCUGCCAGAGAGAAAUCCAUUAUUCUGCCACAAGAAUCAAUUCAACAACUAAUCAAGAACAGACGUUUGUAAGAUAUAGACGUUUACUAAAAGUUAUACAACGGUAUGUAGCGACUUCUUCCAUACAACGUACCACCGAAGUUGACAGAACCAGGCUAACCAGCCACUCUGAUUUCACUAUCGAAAAAGCACAUUCUCAAGGUAUACUUGCAACAAAAGAUGAUAAUCGUUCUGACCCAGACAUUCCAGAGGAAACUGUAAAACAGGUAGUGGAUCUAGUACAAGAGUUUGAGGCAACUCCAAGUGAAAGCCCCCUACAUGGAGACGCUGUGAAACUAUUCAAUAGUCCUAAGGGCACUUUGCACAACAUUUUCCAACAGGUGACAAGUGAAACAAAAAAUACCGCUUUCAAAGCUACUCCUUCCUAUCGACUAGUCCUAGAUCAUAAAAAACAGAUGUGGUUGUGCACCUAUAAUAUUAGCUGGCCAACAGAAAUGAAGUUCAUGGCUAAAGACUCUAAAAAAUCAGUCGCUUCGACCAAAGCAGCCCUGCAGGUGCUUUCUUGGCUUUUGAAGGAGAAAAAAAUCACCAAAGAAGGAGUUCCCAUAUUGUACGAUGAAAACGAAGUGAAAAUAUUGACGAAAAAAUCCUGUCCUAUUGUUAGUUUAGAUCAUAAGACUAUUGACAAGAUGCAACGGAUAGUUGGGGUGUACGAAAAGCAAAUAUCUCCACGAAUAAGCCGGAGUCAAUCAACUGGAGAUGAAAAUGAAGAUGAUGCAGAGGAUAUAUUUUAUGAAGAGCUUGAAGGUGAGAGUUUCAAGCAACGAACAAAGUAUCUAGGUUACGAGAAGUAUAUGGCCAAGGAGAAAGUGAAGCUGCCUAUAUCGGAUUUCAAGGAGAAAAUAAUCGAUCAAGUGAAUUCCCACCAAGUGGUGAUAAUAAAGGGAGAACCAGGCUGCGGAAAAAGCACGAGGGUGCCCCAAUACAUCCUGGAAGCGUGGGCCAAAGAUGCUUCGUUUGGAAAGCCGGGGAAAAUUGCCGUUACCCAACCGAGACGUAUAGCAGCCAUAUCUCUCUCUCAGAGAGUGGCAGCAGAACGAGAGGAAUUGCACUUUUUGGAAUCUUUGGAAAACGUCGACGUCCAAAAAACAUUGAAAAUGUGCGAUGGAGAAGUCGCCACGGUAGUACACGAAGACGUCGUCCAAGUCUUGCAGCACAUCCACAAAAGCAAGCCGGAGGGCGCCAUUCUCUGCUUUCUCCCGGGCUGGGAGGACAUUUCGAAGAUCCGUAAGUUGAUUCCGGAAAGAUCCGAUCUCGUCGUGCACUGCUUACAUUCGAGACUCCAGGACUCUGAACAAUGGAAAAUAUUCUCACGGCCUCCGCCGGGAGUUAGGAAGAUCAUCCUGGCGACCAAUAUCGCAGAGACUUCCGUUACGGUCGAUGAUGUUGUCUACGUAGUGGAUACUGGCGUACAUAAGGAACAGAGAUUUGACGUCGUGAAAGGUAUCAAGUGCAUCGACAACCAUUGGAUUUCGAAAGCCAGCGCGACCCAGAGGAAGGGCAGAGCGGGUAGGUGCUGCCCUGGAGAAAGCUUCCAUCUGUACACGCGCGCCAAGUACGACGCCUUCGCCGAAUACUCGCUGCCGGAGAUCUUGCGCACCUCGCUGUCUAAGAUCGUCCUCGACUGCAAGGUCGUCAGCAGCGACGCGAACGCGUUGGAGUUCAUGGGGCAGCUGCCCACGCCCCCCGCGGAGGCAGCAGUCGCGGGGGCGGUUCGACAUCUGAAGGACCUCGAGCUGCUCGACGGUUCGGAGAAACUGACGCCGCUCGGGAGGACCCUGUCCGACUUCCAGCUGGAGCCAGAACUAGCCAAGGCGAUGGUGGACGCGGUCGUCUUCAAGUGCGUCUCGCCCGUCGUCGACGUCGUGACGCUCUUCUCCGCCGAGACGGAGCUCUUCGUCUCAGGCCUGCUCAACAAGGAGGCAGCUCGGGCCAUCAAGAGGCAGUUCUGCAGAAGCAGCGACCACCUGGCGAUGAUGAGGCUGUUCGAGAAGUUCCUGGAGAUCGCCGACGAAGACAACAGCAGGGAGGUGGAGCGGUUCUGCCAAGAUGCCUGCUUGGUGCCGCACAAGAUGAGGACGCUCGAGA